UAGUAGACCAUCAACUGAAUAGCAAACACAUUACGAAACAUGCACAAACAACUUUAGGGGUGAACUUUGAUGUGUGUACUUUAUUGAGCUGGGAGCAGCUACGAUUGAUCAGUCUAAACGGAACAACUCCCAAGAUCUUCACACACAGUAAGUAGACGUGCCGAGCUGCAAUGUUCUUCUUAAUUCUUGCCGCGGUGCUUCUGGCCGCCGGGCAAUCUGCUCCUCUGGCUGACUGUGACACGCUGACACAGCAGUUGCCAAUCCAAGGACGGGACCAGUUCUUGGGCAGGUGGACGUAUGCAGCAGAGAGCAUUAACAUUCCGGGAUCCAAAUUGCUUACGAAGAUGUUUGUGGACACCGUGUGGGGGGAUAUCUCACCUGCCAUUGAGAGUGAUUCCUUAAGCGUGCGUCAAGUGCAGAAAAUGUUUGGUAGCUGCUACAGCGUGACUUCGAAGAUGACCUUGGCAAACAACGCUCUCACGAUGGUGCAUCCUCUUAAUGGUUCGGAGGUUCUUCUGACGACCAGCUGCUCUGACUGCAUGGUUGUUCUGUCCAAUUAUACCAUCGGGGAAAGCACAUACAAUGGGGUUCAGCUGAUGACUAGGCGACCCAAAGUGACAACUGCUGAGAUGGACGAGUUUAAGAGACAGGUGGACUGCCUGAACUUACCCCCACCAGCCGUCCUGGACUCAGAAAAAGGCUUUUGUCCAGAAGGUUCAAAGGACACUGAGACCAUCGACCUGACGGACAUAAUGGCUGAUUCCAACUCAAAUUAUAUGAAACUAUUCAACAAGCUGUUAGGCAGUGAAACUGGAGUAAAGACACUUUUGGGUUUGAUUACUCAGUUUGGGCAAUCAGCAUAAACGUGUAUCUUAAUAUGAACCCAGACACAAUAAAAAAUAAUAAAGUAUAAUAAUAAAAUAAUAAUAAAUAAAGUGGAAGCUGCCACAGUCUUGCUAGUUUGUACUUAAAGACAACAGGAAUGAAGUACUUUGUCAUUGUUAGUAUAUCACAGUAAAAAUAUCAGUGUAUUCCUAAUAAAGGCACGCCAAAUUACCCUGACUCAUUAAAAAAAAGUAAAUGAUUCAAUAAAUAAAUAAACAGGCAAAGAUUUCAACCCCCCAAUGGUGAUCUGGACUUUCUUAUAUGGGCUGCAUAUUGCUGGACCUAUGUACCCGGAAGUCCUCGGGAGACCUUGGGAGUGUGACCAAUCACAGCGGAGUGGGCGUGCCGGUGUUGAGUAAAUUUAACAGGCCGUUUGGGUCAGUAGCAGAAAAUUCCAUGUAAAACUGCAGAAAAGAGGUGCAGAAUCUGGAAGAUCUAGAAAGCUUUGUGUGCGGGUUAUUGUGUGUAGCUGCUCCAUAGGAGUCCACAACUCGAUACAAAGAGCCAAAAGUAGCAUAAUUGGUCCGCUUUAAUGUUUAAAGUAACAUAUUUUUAAAUAUCGGUCUGGAAUUACAGUAAUUAAUUUUUGACAUACAUAGCUUCAUCAUCACCUUUUAAACACAUUUUGCUAAGCUUACAUGAAUGUAAAAUUAAUUAGAAAAAAUGUAGAAACUUGUGUGCCUUGAUAUCAAACACUUUUUUUAAAAGUCGGCCAUAGCGCACCAACUUUUAUAGGUGAGGCCCCAGGAGUGUUUGUUAUUCUUGUAGCAGAAAUAUUUUUUAAAUUAAAAUAAUGUAUCUUUGUUCAUCUAUACCUGUGACAUAUACCGACUAUACAUCCACUGGAUAAUGAACCUGUAAGUUUUGGCCCAAAAAAGGGUGGAAACAUCUCAUCUCAUGAAGCAGCUCAGCUCAGGUUUACUAAUCAAACUCAGAUACACUAAGAAGAAAGCCCCAUUGCCUGCUUUAUUGGUAAUUUAUUACUGCACAUACACCUGCAUAUGGGUCAUAUAUACAUACAUCUUUCUCCCCAACAACACACAAGUAUUACAUUCAUUUCCUGGCAUUCUGUCACUUCUUCCUGUUUGUUUCCGAGAUCUCACCAAGGGGUUACAAAAGUUUAGACAUACUUUGUCUUGCUAUUAAAUGAGAAAGUGUCUCCA